AUGAAGUUCAUUACCAUCGUUGCCUCUCUGGCUUCCAUUGCCAUUGCCGCCAAUGUUACCACGACCGUGACGUGCCCUGACUGCAAGACACCCUCCUCGACCAACGACAUGGUCACCCGCUCGCCCCUUCCCACCACCAGCUGCGACUCGCCGUCUCUUACAGUUGUCAAGACGGGUUCUGCUCAGAGCACCGGCGCCAUGAACCCUGGUGCUGCCGGCAGCCAGCCCGGCAGCCAGCCCGGCAACAACCCUACCUCUGUGCCCGUCACCGGCGGUGCCGGCAGCAUCGCCGGCGGCGCCCUGGCCGCUGUUGUGGCUGUUGUUGCUCUGCUUUGA